AGACUUGGUCCAACCUCUAUAUUUUAAUCAUUUUUACAAAUUCUCGAUAUCUCAGAUGAACUGUCAAGAAAGAUUAAAGAAACAAAGCUUCCUUCAAGGUUUCUGUCCCACUGUUCUGUUCUUCAUCUUUCUCACAAGAUGCAGAUUUCAAGGUGAGAGAGUUCAUAUUUUAAUACUUCAUACAUACCCUUAAUUUAAUCUCUUCAUUUCUUCUCACAAGCCCAAACAGAAAAAACAAACCUCCAAACUCUCUCUCUCUCUCUCUCUCUCCACCAUGAGAGACAUAGCUUCCUGUUUUGGUGAAUGUGCAAUACAAGUAUCUGAUCCUUCUUCUUGUUCUAGUCUUUCAAACCAUUCUUUCACCUCUCCAAAUCCAAUACCUUCAAUCCAAAACACAAUCACAUGUCUCUACAAAAUCUCUCUUUCCACACAAAAACAUCUCUUGAUCACAACCACUUGGACCAAGAACAACAUAACUAAUCAAGGCCUAACCAUGAAUUUCAGCGAAAACCCAUCAACCGCAUUCAAACUCAACACAAAUUCCAGGCUAUUCAGGAAAAAGAAAGGAAACAAAGCAUUUGAAUUCAACAAUUCAAAGUUUGAAGUCUUCUGGGACCUCUCUGCAGCAAAAUACAAUGCUGGUCCUGAGCCAAUUGCCCAAUACUAUGUUGUAGUCAUGGUUGAUUCAGAAUUAGGCCUUUUUCUUGGUGACUUGGCCAAAGAAGCUAUCACCAAGAAGCUCAAAUCUGGUUCAAAAUUGGCCAAAUUUUCAUUAAUCUCGAGACAAGAACACUUCUCUGGCAAUACCCAUUACUCCACCAAGGCUCAAUUCUGUGAUACUGGGAUUGAACACGACAUUUUGAUAUGUUGCAUCGAAGAAAAUGAGGGUCUAAAUCACCCAGCUUUGUCAGUUUGUAUUGAUAAGAAGACAGUGGUUCAAGUAAAGAGGCUGCAAUGGAAUUUUAGAGGGAAUCAGAGUAUUUUUGUUGAUGGGUUGCUUGUUGAUCUCAUGUGGGAUGUUCAUGAUUGGUUUUUCAAUCCGGGUUUUGGGUACGCGGUGUUCAUGUUCAGGACUAGGAGUGGGAUGGAUAGUAGACUGUGGUUGGAGGAGAAAUUGGUGGAGAAAGAGCAAGGGAAAGUUGAAUUCUCAUUGUUGAUCUAUGCUUGUAAGAACCCAUGAAACAAACUCUUGAUUUGUGGUGUUUUUUUAUUUUGGGUUUUCUUCUUUCAUUGUAUCAAAUUGCUUACAUAUUUCUUUAGUUUUGUUUAGUAUUAAUGGAAUACUUGAAUUCUUUUGAUCAGUAGUGAAGGGAAAAUUACUUGGUAUGAAGAUUUCUGUCUUUCAA